AUGCCGCGUGCCCCCGCCGGAGCGCGAGCCGUGCUGCUGAGCGCGCUGCUGUGCCGCCUGGCAGCCGCCGCCGGCAACCCAGAACUACCAACAGCAGUUAAUAUAACUUGGUCUUCAGUCAAUUUUAAAACCAUACUAAAAUGGCAACCAAAACCAUCGGGUUACUUCUACACCGUGGAAAUACAUGGGGAGACAUCUGAUACCAAAAAAAAAUGCAUAAUGACUAUAGAAACAGAGUGUGAUGUUACUGAUGCACUGCGGAAUGUGAAGGAGACCUAUACAGCACAUGUAUUAUCUGUAAAAUCCUUGGUGGAGGAUAACUUUGAAGAACCACUUUUUGCGAGCUCUGAAAAAUUCACACCUUAUAAUCAGACUAUUAUUGGGAAACCAAAGAUCCAAAACCACACACAAGAAGAUUCCAAACUGAACGUUGUGUUUCAAGAUCCACUUACACCAUAUAUGUUUCCUAAUGGAAGCUUUCAAAGUGUUCGAGAUAUUUUCAAACAUGACCUGGAAUACAAACUCUAUUACUGGAAAGAUCAAAGUUCUGGAAAGAAAGAUGCAGCAACAAAAAGCCAUACGUUUGAUGUAAGUGUUGACAACAAAAAUAACUAUUGCUUCUACGUACAGGGAAUCAUUCCCUCUCGCAGAGAAAAUCGUAACGGUCAAGAAAGCAUGGUGCUUUGUACCACUGUAGAAAGAACUGCUUUAGAUGAAUACGGAGCAGAAGUCUUUAUCAUCAUAGCAGUGGUGGCAAUUGCAGUCAUUGCUCUCGCCGUUAUCCUAGCAGUGAUCCUGUGCAAACGCAAGAAAGCAAAAACUGCACGAGAAAAAGAACCACUGAACGGUGUCUAAGGAAAAACUAUUGUGGAUACUCGUGGAAGAUACAAAGGCAGAAAAAAAGAUGGAGCCUUUAGCCUCUCUGGUACAGGAAAUUUGAAGCUAAAACCUUUGGUGGACUCAAAGAUCCAUUAGACAGUGACAGACUAAAAAAGAACAAAGCCACAGAUACCAGGAAGGUCCUGUCUCCAGUGUCUGAGGCUGGAAGAAUAUUGUGGUGACCGAUGACAAGAUGAUUACCCUACUCACACAUUUUUCUCAGCUAGAAUCAAAUGAAUCUCUGAUUAGACCAAGCACUCCGAAAGUAUAAGAUUUACUGAGCCAGAAGUCUUACGGUACUCGUAAGGGGAAGAAACACUGCAUUUGAAAAAUAUGUCCUUUGCUAAUGAAAAGGACCGUUGUUCUGUUUCUAUGAAACAAAACCUCUACUUACCUGACUUUCUUACAAUAUUAUUAACUGGUGAAAUGAUCUGUUAGUUCAGAUGGUACGAAGAAGCUAUUUCUGCACUUCUUGGAUAAAACUAUCUUGGUUUGUUUAUCUUUGGGUGUACCCAAUCAGUGCUAAGCAAACAAAUUAAGUGUAUUGGUGACCACUAAUUAAUGCUCUUGCACUAGAUAGCUGCUAACCAUAUGGGAAGCAUAUCUGGAUUACACUACACCUACAGUUCCACAGACAUGGUAGCCUGUUGGUUCCAAGUAAGUGUUAGGGUAAACACUUCACAGUUUGAGGGACUAGUAACUCACUUCAGGCAAACACUGAGUAAGUAGCAGUAGUUACUGCAUUUUGAACUUUAUUCAAAAUAAAUGGUAAAUCAAUAGCUUAUGUACUAUAGAUUCAAAUAAUCUUGGUGGUGGGAUUCAGAGGUACCUUUUGCUAUGACUGUUUUAAUAUUUAUUUUAUAGAUGACAAUCUAAUUUUUAUACUGGUGAUACCUGUAUUUAUAGUAAUUUAUACUUUUCUAGUGAAAUAAAGGUGACUGGGAAAACAA